GCGACAACGGCACAACUCAAGCCGCGGUUAGGGUGGAGCACGUUCAACUUGUUUUGCCAACACCAUCUGCCUCACCCUCUGUCCCCUCUAUGGUGCCUCCUCCCCCGUCCUCGUCGUCUGCGACGGCGCCGGCCUCUCGCAUCUUGGUGGCUGCAUCGCCCAACAGCCCUGGCCGAUCGCCAUUUUCAAGCAAGGACGACCUCAAGUCGCUUCUGCCGGCGUCGUCCUCGGCCAAUCGCCUCCGCGCGCUCCAACAGCAAGGCCCUCCCCCGGCGCCCAGUUCGGGCUCCAAUGCUCCCCACAGCAGCGGCAACAACGACAAUGCCGACGACAGCAGAGGCAGUUUCCGAAGCUGGAAGAGAUUCGAGGGUCUCGAAGGUUGGGAAAAGGACCUCGUCGACAGCCACGAGGUCAAGCGAAAAGCCAACGUCGCUCAGCUCUACUUCUUGAACCACUACUUUGAGUCGCUGCGAUAUCUCUCGGACCGGCGUUCGCGCACCAAUGCGUUCAAGGAACGCACCGGCACCCAAUCCCUUGUCGCUCAGCUCAAGGCGCACGAUGCCGACACGAUGUCGUACGUGGGCAGAGAGAGGGUCCACCUCCGCAAACGCAGAACCAAGCUCCGCCUUGCCUCUUUCCACAUUAUCACCCAAGUCGGUCAAGGAGGCUAUGGCGAGGUGUUCCUUGCGCGAAAGAGGGAUACGGGCGAGGUCUGUGCCCUCAAGAGGCUUCGCAAGAGGAUCUUGGUCAGAAUGGACGAGGUUCGUCAUGUGCUCACCGAGCGGGACAUUUUGACCGCAACGAGAACGCCGUGGCUGGUCCGGCUCCUGUAUGCGUUCCAGGAUGCCGAACACGUCUUCCUCGCCAUGGAAUACGUGCCUGGAGGCGACUUCCGCACCCUGCUCAACAACUCUGGGGUGCUCCGCGAAGAGCACGCUCGCUUCUAUGCCUCAGAGAUGUUUGUUGCUGUCAACGAGCUGCACAUUUUGGGAUACAUUCAUCGCGAUCUCAAGCCAGAGAACUUCCUUGUCGACUCGACGGGCCACAUCAAGUUGACCGACUUUGGUCUGGCCGCAGGCACGCUGAACCCAGGCCGGAUCGAGUCUCUCAAGGGCAAGCUCGACGCCGUCAAAGACACAUCGCUUAUCUACCGUACCCCGCACGAGCGGUCAUCGCUGUACAAGCAGAUGCGUGCUCAAAACGUCGCCUAUGCCGACUCCAUUGUGGGUAGCCCGGACUACAUGGCGCCUGAGGUGCUGCGAGGUAAAGACUACGACACGAGCGUCGACUACUGGAGUCUGGGAUGUAUCCUCUUUGAAUUCCUCUGCGGCUACCCGCCCUUCACUGGCGGCGGUGACCCUGAAGAGACAUGGGCGAACCUCAAGAAUUGGGAGAAGGUCCUUCAGCGGCCCGUUUACACCAAGCCCCAAGAUCUCCAGUUCAACCUCACAGAUGUUGCAUGGGACGCAGUGACUCGCCUCAUCCAACGGCGGGGCGAGCGCAUGUCGACGCUCACGCAGGUCCAGACACACGCCUUUUUCGCCCCAAUGCAGUUCACCAAGCUGCGCGAGCUCAAGGCGCCCUUUGUGCCUCAGCUCGACGGCGAUGCAGACACGGGCUACUUUGAUGACUUUGACAACCCCGAAGACAUGAAGAAGUACAAAGAGGUGCAGGACAAGGCGAGAAACGUCGAGUCCAAACUCAACGACGGCAGCAAAGAGGCGGCCAGGAGAGCAAACGGCGGGAGAGGAAUGUGGGCCGGCUUCACGUUUGGCAAGAACGAGGCGAAGAAGUGGGGCGAGGACGACGAUGAGACAAAGACGGGAGAGGAUGUGUUUGCGACGAUGUUUUGAUUUUCUUUGCUUGCUUCUCGUCCCCUCCUAUCCUUCUUCCUGUUCCUGCCCCCUCCUCAGCAUUUCUUCUUUCGAUCGUAGCCGAUACCUUUCCCUUCUACUGCUCUGUCCGGCCCUUACCAUUCUUUCGCCUCCAAGCUAAUCACAUCUUCUAUUUGGAUCUUGAUCGUUUCAUUCAUGGCAUGGCAAAAGAGACAGAACGACG